UGUAACGCGGAUUUGUAAAAAUAAAUAAAAACGAAAAACCGCACAGUUUUAUUAAAUAAUAAAAAUGUUUUGUUUUUUGCAGUAAACAAAAAAUAAACUAGGUGUAUGUACUACUUUCAAUAUUGGAUUAUUUUCAAUGCAUUCUAUUAUUUAUUUCUUUAUGGCAAAAGCGACUCUUCCAUGUAGUAUAAUAAUUAUUGACAAUGGAAUAUGUUUUAUCUUCUGAGGAAAGUUCAGAUACCGAUAUCAAGAGUUUACGGCAUCAAUUAACCGAGUAUGGCCUAGAUGAAGAAAAUUUAAGUAAAGAAGAAAUGUCUGACCUGUUAAAAGUUUUAAAGUUUUCUAAGUCGACAGCACAAGAAGAAGAAAAACAAAAGAUGGAGGAAAAUAACUGUAACCCUGCACCGAAAGUGAAAAUGAAAAGGCGGCAUUUGAAUGUGAGAGAUAGACGUUUACCUUGGAGUCUUUUCCCCAGUGCCUCUACAGCAACAGAAAAAGCCAGACUUCUUGCUGUUUACUUCAAAAUAAUGUCUCUAAAUAACUAUAGACAGGCAAGGCAAUCAGUUAAUCUUGCUGCUUGGCCACCACCCUUACAGAUUCUUGAAGAGACUACCAGAACACAGCCCAUGCGUUCUACUAGAAGUGGGCGUUCUGUUCCUGUAUAUGCUGGGUUUGAUGAUGAUUCAUCAGAUGUUGAUUUUGUAGUGACAAAAACAAAGAAGCGAAAAGUUUCUAACAGUGAUCACAAUGAAUCUGGAACUAAAGGACUGAGUUUAAAGAGAAAAGUAUCAAAGGAUGAAAAUUUAAGACCAAUCAAGGAAGUAAAGUUGAAUGAAGUGAAUGAAAAGGGGCCAGAUAUUCAGAAAUCUAAAGCUGAUGUUUAUUUACUAAUAGAAGAUUGAAAUGGAUGCCACAGAAAAUCUUGUAUUUCUAUUUGCUUUUAAAAUAGUUUUUUAUUCAAUAAGUGAGGGUAGUUAGUCAAUAUCGAAAAAAUGUAAAAUACACCCCACAGAUAUACAUAUAUGUAAAAUUAUGUGUGCUUAAUAACUCAUGGGUUCAAUUAUAUACACAUUAUAUACCCAACUAGCCCCGGCUUUGUCCGUGGUAUAUAUAAAAAAUAGAUGUUGGCCGAUUCUCAGACUUACCCGAUAGGCACAGAAAAUUUCAUGAGAAUCAGUCGAGCCAUUUCAGAGGAGUAUGGCAACGAAAACUGUGACACGAAAAUUUUAUAUAUUAGAUUUAUAUAACCGAAUUGGAUGUCCACUCUGCAUUAUUGUACCUAGUGGAAAAAACAUUUCAAUUAUUAUUAAGAUACAGCAUUUUAAAUAUUGUUUCAUACAAUCUAGAUGCUAUAAUCUUGCAUCAAUGCUUAAACUAGUCAUAAUUGUAAAUAUUGGUUAUCUUUAAAAAUAUUUUAAAUGUCGAAUCUUAAAACUGUCUUACAAUUUUGUUUUGGCUCUAUCAUAAAAUAAUUACCCAUUUCAAUUCACUGUUACAGGGUGUCAUACCGUUGGUAUACUAAGCUCAAUGGAGGUUAUACUUUUGCAUACGAGUACGUAAAAAAUACCUAUAAAAUUCCAGGCGCAUUUUUUUUUUCAAAUAGAUGAAUUUUUAAAACUCUAUGUGUAUAACAAGCAACCCGCCCAACUUUG